ACAAGUUGGUCUCGUUAGGCUUCUACCGUUGUAUCCGAAAGCAAAAGUUAGUUGCAGUAGGUCAGAAAAUCCAAACUCGUUGGUUCAUCAAACUUCCUCAACCUCUCUCUCUCUCUCAAUCCAAAAUCAUUCCCAUAUUAUGAUCAACCAUGUUUAUAAAAUCCAAAUCAAAUCAACCCCCUCCACAUUUCAAGACCAAAAUUCAACUCCAAGAAAAUGACAGAGCCAAAACUCAUGAAAAAAUUCCUUUCGAUCUUCCUAACGUUGUUUCUUGUCCAUGGACGAUGCUGCAACUGCAAGGUAGUUCAGUUCAUCUUCGGCGACUCCCUCUCCGACGUCGGCAACAACAACUACCUCUCCAAAAGCCUCGCUCGCGCGAGCCUACCAUGGUACGGCAUAGAUUUCGGCAAUGGAUUGCCUAAUGGAAGAUUCUCCAAUGGCAGAACCGUCGCUGAUAUAAUAGGUGACAAGAUGGGGCUCCCGAGGCCUCCCGCGUUCCUGGAUCCGAAUCUAAAUGAAGAUUCCAUACUCGCAAAUGGGGUGAACUAUGCUUCUGGAGGUGGCGGCAUACUGAAUGAAACAGGAUCAUACUUUGUUCAAAGAUUUGGGUUGUACAAGCAAAUAGAGCUAUUUGAGGGGACCCAAGAUUUGAUAAUUGGCAAAGUGGGUGAGACUGAGGCUCGAAAAUUCUUCGAGGAAGCGCGAUAUGUGGUUGCCCUAGGCAGCAACGACUUCAUCAACAACUACUUGAUGCCCGUCUACCGGGAUUCCUGGAGCUACAACGACGACACCUUCAUCCAGUAUCUCACUGAGACACUGGAAAGCCAACUCAGUUUGUUGCACGUGUUGGGAGCCCGACAGAUGAUGGUGUUCGGGUUAGGGCCGAUGGGGUGCAUCCCGCUCCAGAGAGUGCUAAGCACGUCGGGAGGGUGCCAGGAGAAGACUAACAAGCUAGCCCUAGCCUUCAAUGACGCAACCAGCAAGCUUGUCACCAAAUUGUCAACUACUCUGCCUAAUGCAACCUUCAGGUUUGGGGAUGCAUACGACGUCGUAAAUGAUCUCAUCUCCAAUCCCGACAAAUACGGGUUCAGCAACUCGGACUCGCCGUGCUGCUCGUUCGGGAAGAUCCGGCCGGCGUUAACGUGCGUGCCGGCGUCGACGUUGUGCAAGGACCGGAGCAAGUACGUGUUUUGGGAUGAAUACCAUCCAUCAGAUAGUGCUAAUCAGCUCAUUGCUAAUGAGAUGAUCAACAAACUAGGAUUUAAGCCUAUCAAUCACACCGAUUCGCCUUCCCCUGCUUUGCCUCCCUCUGCUGAUGGAGAUUAGAUUUUUGACUGCCUCGUUUUUGGGUUGCAUCCCUCGUGCAUUUUUCGAAUAAAUUUUUGUUUAUGUACAAAAAAUUGUGUGUCGUACAGUUUUCUUCGUAUUAAGCUUAUGUUUUGAAGAU